AAAAUAAAGUUUUAGUAAUCGUAUUUUUUUUAAACGUGACAGUGUUAAUAGUAAAUUAAAAAAUGGUGGCAAAUGUUAAAUGGCUCUUCUUAUUGGGAAUAACUGCGGUUCAAUUUUCCGUUUCGCAGACGCAAGAGAAAGAUGAACGUGAGAAGAAACCGCAGUCGGUACGAGAUCUCUUCAAUACCAAGUCAUGUAUCCCCGGCCCGUUUAGGUGUCCACAUCCACAAAUGCAGUUUUUUCUUUACACCAGGACUACUCAAGAAAAGGGAGAAUUACUUAACACCUUGGAUAACGACUCCUUGACGAAUUCAAAGUUUAAUCCGAAGUACCCUACGAAGAUUGUCGUACACGGCUUUGGCGGAGGAAGAAAUCUGUCGCCUAGCACUGACAUGAGAAACGCUUAUUUCGCAAGGGGUCACUAUAAUAUCAUCAUAGUCGACUACGGCAGCCUCGUCAAGGAACCUUGUCUCAGUCAGAUAGAGUGGGCUCCUCGGUUUGCUAGUAUGUGUAUAGCACAGCUGGUGGACUAUCUGCAGUAUCAUCCCAAGAAGGCUGUGGCACCAGAGAGAAUACACACAAUCGGUUACAGCGUCGGCGCUCACAUUCUAGGUCUAGUGGCUAAUCACCUCACUGACGGGAAACUAGGGAGGAUCACUGGCUUGGAUCCCACCAUAUUCUUUUACAUGGGUAACAAUCGGUCUCGAGACUUGGACCACACGGAUGCUCUGUUUGUUGACAUUCUACACACGGGCGCUGGAAUCCUUGGUCAGUGGGGACCCAACGGGCAUGCUGAUUUUUAUGUCAACGGCGGCUCCAGUCAACCAGGAUGCGCGCAUGAUACCAUUUUUCAAACACUUUCCUGCGACCAUACGAAGGUAACUCCGUAUUUUAUCGAAUCUAUUAACAGCCCAACGGGUUUCUGGGCUGGACCUUGUCCCAAUCUGUUCUCAUACCUGAUAGGCUGGUGUGAGCCGAAGGAUACCGAAUAUGUACUCAUGGGGGAGCACGUUACGCACAGGGCUCGAGGUGUAUACUAUGUGACCACAAACGCGAAACCACCAUAUGCAAGAGGCUUCCCUGGUAAAUCAAGACGCCUGCGAUCUGUCACACCGUACAGCUGAUUGUAAUUUAACGAAGUUAAUGCUUAAAAAAAUUAGGAUAAAGAAAUUGAUGCCAACGACUAUAAUAGUAACGAAUUAAUGAUAGUGUCAUAUUCUUGUCUGACUGUAUAUAGAUUAUUUUAGUUAGUUAAUCAGUAUGGCUGUUGUGGCAAAUUAAAUCGCAAAUCCAUUUGAACUCUUUAAAUAAUAAGCUUUCGGUGAUGUUAAUACUU